GCAAUCCCCUAUCAUUCUUCCAUGUUGUUAGCUGUCACAGGAGCCCAGUUGCAAGUUCGCAACUCAAACUCUGAUUCAAGUUCGGUGCAAGCAAAAUCAUAACACAAAUGGCAGUGGCGAGUACCUCUUCGGCUCUCUGUCGCCUGCCUCUCCUUCUCGUCCUCCUACUCAUCGCUGCCACCAGCGAGGCCACCACAUUCAGUGUCAUCAACCGAUGCUCCUACACCGUGUGGCCAGCCGCUGUUCCGGUUGGUGGUGGCGUGAAGCUCGAUCCGGGGGAGAUGUGGGAGAUGGACGUUCCCGCUGGCACCACGAGCGGGCGCAUCUGGGCACGCACAGGCUGCUCAUUCAAUGGCGAAGGCAACGGGUCGUGCCAAACUGGCGGCUGUGGCGGCUUGCUCGCCUGCAAGGACAAUGGUCAACCGCCCAACACGAUGGGCGAGUUCACGCUUGGCCAAGGCCAAACGAGUGACUUCUUCGACAUCUCCCUCAUCGACGGCUUCAACGUGCCCAUGGACUUUCUGCCGGUGCUGGUUCAGGGAAGGUCAGGAUGCAGCAGGGGCCCAAGGUGCGCAGCCAACAUCACAUAUCAGUGCCCAGACGAGCUGAUGGUGCUGGGGGGUUGUAACAGUCCAUGCAGGAUCUUCGGGGGGGACACUUACUGCUGUACUGGGAGCGCGACAAGCAACUGCGUCCCCACGAACUACUCAAAAUUCUUUAAGCGGCUGUGCCCAGAUGCCUACAGCUACCCCAAGGAUGAUUACAAGAGCACUUUCAGUUGCCCGACGGGCACCAACUACCAGGUCGUCUUUUGUCCCCUGAUUAAUCAAACAUUAUCGCCUACACCUGAAAAUCCCGUGCCUGCACCCCCGACCGAGGUAAGACCUCCGACCCCAAGUACUCUGCCUGCAGCUAUUGGACCAACAAGCAUGAAACCGAAAUCCUCCUAUGUAAGAAGAGUUGUUGCAAUCCUAGCUCCCAUAGGCGGCUUCAUUUUGCUCACCAUCUUGUUCCUUGUCACUUUUAUAUGUAAAAGGAGAACACAACAACAGCAUGAGAUGGAAGAAGAGGAAGAGUUUGGGGAGCUACAAGGAACACCAAUGAGAUUCACAUUUCAACAGCUAAAAGCAGCAACUGAGCAGUUCAAAGACAAGCUCGGGGAAGGAGGAUUUGGGUCUGUUUUCAAGGGACAAUUUGCUGAUGAAAGGAUUGCGGUAAAACGUUUGGAUCGAUCUGGCCAGGGCAAAAGAGAAUUUUCGGCAGAGGUUCAGACAAUUGGCAGCAUUCACCAUAUUAAUCUGGUGAGAUUGAUUGGUUUCUGUGCAGAGAAAUCCCACAGGCUCUUGGUAUAUGAGUACAUGCCCAAAGGAUCCUUGGACAGAUGGGUCUAUUGUCGACAUGACAAUGAUGCUUCUCCUCUGGAUUGGAGCACGCGGUGCAAGAUUAUAACUCAUAUAGCUAAGGGCCUCUCUUAUCUUCAUGAGGAGUGCACAAAACGAAUUGCUCAUUUGGAUGUCAAACCACAAAACAUCCUCUUAGAUGAUGACUUUAAUGCUAAACUUUCUGAUUUUGGACUAUGCAAACUCAUAGACAGGGAUAUGAGCCAAGUGGUUACCAGAAUGAGAGGCACACCUGGAUAUUUAGCUCCUGAAUGGUUGACAUCACAGAUCACGGAAAAGGCGGAUAUCUACAGCUUCGGCGUCGUGGUCAUGGAAAUCAUCAGUGGAAGAAAGAACCUCGACACUUCCCGGUCAGAAGAGAGCAUCCAUCUCAUCAGCCUAUUGGAGGAAAAGGUGAAGAGUGAUCGGUUGGUAGAUUUGAUUGACAAUAACAGCAACGACAUGCAAGCACACAAGCAAGAUGCAAUUCAGAUGAUGAUGCUUGCAAUGUGGUGCUUGCAGAUUGAUUGCAAAAAAAGGCCUAAAAUGUCUGAGGUGGUAAAAGUAUUGGAAGGUGCGAUGAAUAUAGACAUCAACAUAGAUCAUAACUUUGUUGUGAAUACAGCAAAUUUUGGUAGUCUUGCAAAUGUGAGCUCUUCAGCUCCACCUCUAGCUUCAGAUGUAUCAGGCCCCAGGUGAAACAAGACGAU